AGCUGAUCAGAGGGAAAGCACACUGCCAGUCCAGCUCCAGCAAAGCGCAAUCACUCUCUAACCUCCAACUUUUUCCACAUAUCUCAUCACUUUGACUCGAUAUUAUUUUCUUAUCAUUUCGAAGGAGGUUCUGCACAGUUGAGAUUUUUUUUUGAAAGCAUUACGUUUGCCUGCCAGAGAGUUGACUUUACACUUGACUUCAGCGUCGACACCGUGAUGCUAUUCUCGCAUAAAAGAAAAAAGGAAGAUUCGGCGAUAUUUUUAUUAAUUGAGUGAUUUUUUUUUUUUCCAAGACUUCCGCGGGAACUUAAAAUUGCUUGGUGUUGGUAUAAACAAGAGCUUGCUUUCCGCAUUGUUCCUUUUGCUUGUGUAUACUGUUAAAGUACCAUUCAAGUACCAUCGAUCGAUUUCAUUCGCGUUCAUCAUCCUGCUUGAUUAUAACUAUAUUGUGUUUUUUUUCAUUGAUGGCUUUCCUGAAUGGCUGACUGCAGGCGCAUUUGGACUUGGCCUCUCAGUCAUCGCACAACGUUUAACACAUAAGCGUUGUCUGCCCACCUAAAUAUAGAUAUCAAAUAUCUAUGUUUUAAUUUUUUUUUUCUCUCCACGCUUUAACGGACAUCGGACCCCGGCAUAUAACGCGUGCUUUUCCGAUCAUCUUUACUUGCUGAGACCAGCGUGCUCCAGUGUGCCCAAGCUGUAUCCGAAGCACUACAAAUACCGAAAGACGGAAGAUAAAAAGAAAGUUCUCUAACGCUGGUCCAUAGAUAUGGCAAUGGCAGUGUGGAGAGGCUCCCAGGACGAUGUGGCCGACACCCACGGCGCCCUCUCUUCGCAGACCACCCCAGGAGGACCUCUGUCCCUACCAGCUCCUCAGCCAGGCCAGCUGAACCUGGCCGCCUCUCAGGUCGCCCCUCCGACCCCGCAGACCCCCGUCCAGGGCGGACCCCCGAGCGCCACGGCGCAGUCCACGCCGACGAACCACAGCGCGCAGAGCCAGACGGCGGAGAAGCAGCAGCCGCAGCACAUCGAGUGCGUGGUGUGCGGGGACAAGUCGAGCGGCAAGCACUACGGCCAGUUCACUUGCGAGGGCUGCAAGAGCUUCUUCAAGCGCAGCGUCCGCAGGAACCUCACUUACACAUGUCGGGCCAACAGGAACUGUCCCAUCGACCAGCACCACCGCAAUCAGUGUCAGCACUGCCGCUUGAAAAAAUGCCUCAAAGUGGGCAUGAGGCGAGAAGCAGUUCAAAGAGGUCGGAUGCCUCCCACACAACCACACCAUGGUCAGUUUGCCUUGACAAAUGGAGAUCCUCUACACUGCCAUUCUUACUUGUCCGGAUAUAUCUCUCUUCUUCUGAGAGCGGAACCCUACCCAACAUCUCGAUAUGGUAGUCAAUGUAUGCAGCCCAAUAACAUCAUGGGCAUUGAGAACAUUUGCGAACUUGCAGCCAGGAUGCUGUUUAGUGCCGUGGAGUGGGCCAGGAAUAUCCCCUUCUUCCCAGACCUCCAGAUUACGGACCAGGUGGCACUUCUGAGGUUGACCUGGAGUGAGUUGUUUGUGCUCAACGCUGCACAAUGUUCCAUGCCACUUCAUGUGGCUCCUCUGUUGGCAGCAGCUGGCCUUCACGCCUCCCCAAUGUCUGCAGAUAGAGUUGUUGCCUUCAUGGACCACAUUAGGAUCUUCCAAGAACAAGUGGAAAAGCUGAAAGCUUUACACGUUGACUCUGCUGAAUACAGUUGCUUAAAGGCCAUAGUUCUUUUCACCUCAGACGCCUGCGGUCUGUCGGACGUGGCCCAUGUGGAGAGCCUGCAGGAGAAGUCCCAGUGCGCCCUCGAGGAGUACGUGAGGAGCCAGUACCCGAACCAGCCCACCCGCUUCGGCAAACUCUUGCUGCGCCUGCCCUCCCUCCGCACAGUCUCCUCUUCCGUCAUAGAGCAAUUAUUUUUCGUCCGUUUGGUAGGUAAAACCCCAAUCGAAACCCUCAUCAGGGACAUGUUGCUGUCGGGAAGCAGUUUUAACUGGCCUUACAUGCCCAUUCAAUAAACUAGCGAAGGAAACAAAGAGGACACAGACACUACAGUAUACACUGCUUCUUUUUUAGAAAGGAAAAACGCCUGUUACACAAAUGUACUUUAUUCCCACGAAAGACUCUUUUUCU